AAACAAAGGAAUCAAGUGUCUAAAGCAUAAUGUGAAAGAAUCAAAGACACCUUAUAUCUAGUUACUAUAGGAAUUUCAGCAUGAAUCAAAUAAAUGAUAUGGCACUUUGAUAUUUUUAGGACAAAUCAUCAAUCAGAACGUGUACAGAUCCAGAUAAACGAAUAACACAUUUCAUGAUUUGUGAGAUUAACAAAAUAAAUGAGUCAGAAGCGAAUUAAAUCAUCCAUGAUUCGAUUCAAAUGAAUCAAACAUAGUUCGAAUCAAACGAACCCCAAGGAGUUAUUCUAGAGAAUCGAAUCAUUGAAGUGAUUCAUUACGGACAUGCUGUCUCUCCAUCACUCCUCCUUCUCUCUCUGUCCUCCCACGCUGCCUUCUGUUCUGCAUCCCUUCUUCUUCUCUCAUCCCCCUCUCACAUGAAGAGCUCGAGCACCUCUCCAUCUCUCUCUCUCUAUCUGAAUCCCCCAUCCCUCACUCACCAUAUCCCUCUCUCUCUUUCUCACUCUCUCUCUAUCACCCAUCCCUCUCACCAUAUCCCUCUCUCUCUCUCUUUCUCACUCUCUCCAUCACCCAUCCCUCUCUCUCUUUCUCCAUCCCAUCACUCUCUCUUUCUCUCUCAAUCCCCAUCCCUCUCUCUUUCUCCAUCCCCCAUCACUAUCUCUCCAUCCCUCUCUUUCUCCAUCCCAUCACUCUCUCUCUCUCUCUCUCCAUCCCUCUCUCUCUUUCUCCAUCCCCCAUCCCCCUCUCUCUCUUUCUCCAUCCCCCAUCCCUCUCUCUCUCUCCCUCUCUCUCUCUCUCCAUCCUCCCCCUGCAUCAUGCCCGGGCGCCGUGAUGGCACCGAUGCUGACAUGUUGGCAGUUUAGCGGCAGUAAAAGCCGUGAGAAAAUGUCGUCUGGGGGUAAUAACACCGCGCCGGGGCAGAUUUUUAGACCACCGCGGUCCUCGCGCACUCUCAGUCAGUUUCCCCCGUCAGCGCGUCCGUUACUCCUCGGUUAUCCGCGCGUGACUGUGGGAGCUGAGUGAACGGCGGACCUGAUGGACGUGUUCAGCUUCGUCAGGAUGCCCAAACUGUCAGGCCACAGGACCAAAGCCUCGGGCGGAUGGACGUCUUCGUCUCACGGGCCUGUAGACGGAUGGGACACGGUGUCCAGUAGAGACGAGCGUGACUGCUUCAUCGAUCACAUCUCCCAGCCGAGUUCUCUGGAGGAAGUGCGUCUUGGGCUGGAGGGCGACAAGUUAGCGCCUCGGAAAGUUGAAAUGAGACGAGACCCAGUUUUAGGCUUCGGCUUCGUGGCAGGAAGUGAAAAACCUGUUGUAGUCCGUUCUGUCACUCCAGGAGGUCCAUCAGAGGGGAAACUGUUUCCUGGAGAUGAAAUCAUUAUGAUUAACGAUGAACCAGUCAGCGGUGCUCCUAGAGAGCGAGUGAUUGACCUGGUCAGGAGUUGUAAGGAGGCCAUCGUAUUGACGGUCAUCCAGCCGUACCCUUCGCCCAAAUCUGCCUUCAUGAGUGCCGCCAAAAAGGCAAAGCUGAAAUCAAACCCGGUAAAAGUUAGAUUUGCCGAAGAGGUCAUCGUUAACGGUCAAAUUCCUGAAACGGUGAAGGAUAAUUCGCUUCUCUUCAUGCCAAAUGUUCUGAAAGUCUACCUUGAAAAUGGCCAGACGAAAUCAUUCAAGUUUGACAGCAACACCUCAAUUAAGGACGUCCUACAGACGCUGCAAGAGAAGCUGUCUAUUAAAAGCAUUGAACAUUUUUCUCUGAUGUUGGAGCAGAAGAUGGAAAAUUCCAACACAAAGUUGGUUCUCCUGCACGAGCAAGACAUGCUAAGUCGGGUGACUCAACAACCUGGCUCGCACAAGAUGAGGUGUUUAUUUCGCAUUGCUUUUGUACCAAGGGAUCCAGUGGAUCUUCUCCGUCAUGACCCUGUGACCUUUGAGUAUCUCUAUGUGCAGAGCUGUAAGGAUGUUGUUCAGGAGCGUUUCGGUUCAGAGCUGAAAUAUGACACAGCUCUUCGUCUUGCUGCUCUUCAGAUGUACAUUCUCACAAUCAGCACCAAACAAACUCAGAAAGUCUCCCUCAAAUACAUUGAGAAAGAGUGGGGGUUGGCUCUGUUUCUUCCUCCAGCGGUUCUGUCCAGCAUGAAAGAGAAAAACAUCAAGAAGGCCAUAGCACACAUUCUGAAAACGAAUCAGAACCUGGUGCCUCCUGGAAAAAAGUUGACGGCGCUGCAGGCCAAAGUCCACUACCUGAAGUAUCUCAGUGACCUGAGACUGUAUGGAGGAAGAGUGUUUAAGUCCACACUGCUUCAAGCAGAGAAACACACAGAGGUGACACUUCUGGUUGGGCCACGACAUGGAAUUAGCCACGUCAUCAACACCAAAACCAACAUGGUGGCCCUGCUGGCUGACUUCAGCCACGUUAACCGCAUCGAGAUGUACACAGAGGAUGAGAGGAACGUCAGAGUAGAGCUCCACGUGCUCGAUGUGAAGCCCAUCACACUAAUAAUGGAGUCCAGUGAUGCAAUGAAUCUGGCAUGUCUUACUGCGGGUUACUACAGACUGCUGGUGGAUUCACGGCGCUCCAUCUUUAACAUGGCCAACAGCACAUCUGGCCAUGAUUCCCGGGAAAAGCACAACUUUCAAGCGAUUGAGUGGAACUACGGUUCCUAUACUGGGUGCGAGGACUAUAGUGGCAGGCUGUCAGAUCCAGACUCUACCCCAAUGUAUAUUACUGAGCUCCACCAAGCGCAUCGGGCGAGCAGGGGCACCUGUAUGCAAACCCAUGCCCACACGCAGCCCUUUUUCAGGGGCAAGUCUGACGAUUCACCCAAGAGCGCCAAGGUGUCUUUUAUAUUUGGAGACGCUCCAUUGGAUGGCGUGAAUCCUCAGCAUUUGGGGUACCAAAGGUUGAGGGAGGACAUUCCGGAGGCUUUGGACGACCAACGGCCACUUUAUUUGCAUCAGGAUGAUUAUAAACCCUUGGAUUCUUGUUUGGAUAUGGAUGGAUUCCAGUAUGGGAAUCACAUGGUCUACGGCGAUGGUAAAAUCUUUGGUACCACUGAAGGAAUCGAGGAGCCGCUCCUGCAUGACAUCUGCUACGCUGAAACCACUGAUGAUGCCGAGGACGAAGACGACAUCAGUUGUGAGGAUGACAUGUCAGUGAUGGCGAUGGCGGAUUCUCGAGAAAGAGCUCUGUCACUGCUUUCCCUGUCGGAAUCAAGCGACGAUAUCAUCGACCUGACAUCUCUUCCACCGCCACCAGAGGGAAACGAUGUCGAAGACAACGACGUGCUUUUGCAGUCGCUAAACCUGGCCAUAGCUGCUCCACCACCAGGAUUCAGGGACAGCUCAGAUGAAGACGAGCACCAAGGAGAACAAAUGAGGGAGAAAAGAAACUUGGACAUCCCGGUGUCACUAAUCGACUCUGUGCCGAUGAACGCGGACAGAGGAACACAGGAAGUGUUGGAUGAUGCUGUCGUUUCCACUUUGCAAGCGCUAGAAGCUUUGGCAGCCUCUGAAGAUCAGUCCCACCCACAAUCUGACAAUAAUUCAGGUGUAGAAAUAUCUCGAACCUAUAGUCCAGAGUCUGCUUCAGAUUCUGGAAACGAGACUAAUUCCUCCGAAAUGACAGAGAGCUCAGAGCUAACAGCAGCUCAGAAACUCUCAGACAAUCCACUGAAAAUGUUUGUGGCCACCGCUGAAGGAUAUCAGACGCUGGACGCAGAGAAAACAGAGUUCCGUUUGAGGGCCACGUCUAGAAACCAGGACGAAGAACUGAAGUCCACAGCUGUAGCUUCAUGUCAGGCCCUCCAUUCAGACCACUUUGAGAUGGAGCCUGAAACAAUGGAGACCAAAUCGCUGUCUGAUUACUUCAACAAAAUGCACAUGGACGCCAUGAUGGGCAAGAGACAAGGAAAAGUCGACCAGGGAGACUCCAGAUUGGGAAUUGCUAGCAAAAACGAAUCGACGCAAAUAAAGGCCAUUGGCUCUAACGUAGAGGACGUUGUUGGGAGAUACAACAAUGUUAAUUCAAGAGAACCUCUUCACACAGGGUUUGACCUUCAAAGGACACCUUUUCCGUUUCAGAACGCACGAUCAGAUCAGAUCCUGAACUGUAAAGCAGAGGAGCACGUUUACUCUAAGACACUAAAGUGUGGCAGCUCUAAUACCAUAGCUCAAAGUAAUCUCAGAGGAUCUCUGAUGGACCUGAACACUCGCUCAGCUGCAGAAGAAGCUUUCUUAAUUGAACAAGCCACACAAGAACAGCAAAGUAAGGUACCGGCAUCUGAGAAGGAGGUGACGCGGUUGUACGAGUACCACUUGCCGAAGAGGAUGUCCUCACUCCAGAGCGAAGGAAUUCAUUCCCUGCAGAGCUCGCAGUGCUCCUCCAUCGAUGCGGGGUGCAGUACAGGAAGCAGCAGCUGCGUGACGCCCAUGGAUUCACCACUCUGCACUGCCGAGAACAUCCACCUGAUCACUGAAUCUUCUCUGAAAGGCCUCGGAUACCCUAACGCAGAAGAAAAAAACUACAGUCAAAGUCCGCAUCGCAAACUCGCCCAUCAGACUUUAGAUCCUGCAUUUUUACGAAAGCACCAUGCAACGCCUGGUACAGAGUCCAGCAUGGGACGCGAAGGAUGCCAAAGGAUGGCCAAGAUUAGAGAAACUACAGUGUAGUGUGCUGACGAUGGUGCUGAAACAGAAGGCUUGCCAUUUACACGCACCACAUCUACACCAAUCCUGACCAUUCAUGCACGGCACAGAUUCUCACGUGCCAAAACCAGAGGUCUGUGGAGGUCUUCCCCUUCUUCGACUGACUCUCUGGUUGCCUCAGGAAGGCAGAGAUGGAAUUUCCCUUCAACUUCCAUGUUUAGCAGUGGCAAAAAAAAAUGUUUUUCAUGGAAACUAUUUUGGCUCAGGGAGCUUUGUUGGAUCUUUAAAAGAACCAAAAGUGUGUGCAAUUCCAGACAGCUCUCGUUUAAGAAAACCCCGGCUGGCACUUUUGCAUUUUUUGCGAUGGAAGAUGAAAUCAGUCAGGCCAAGACAUGCCACGAGUGACUGGGUAGAAACGUGUUGAAUAAUCAGACAGGAUUUAGAAAGUCUAUCCAGCUCACACAACGUACCCAUUGACAAUGAUCACGAACCUGCCCACCCCUUUCUGAACGCUGUACUGGUCUUUUGCGUUUUGUAGUAAAAAAAAAUAGAGAUGAUCAGGUCAUGGCCAACAGGUCAACUUGCUGUCUGGCUUUACGCUGUACGAUUUUCAGCCCACAACAAUCUAAAAGAGUUCUUUGGUUGUGAGUUAGCGCAUGUAAGCUCACCAACAGCCACUUUAGUGCCGUUCAGUGCGACCAAAGAUGACAGCCGAUGACAAAGUUGUGUCGUUGUGAGAAAGUCUUUAUAAAAAUCUCAGAGUGCGAGUGCUGCUACGACUCCCUCUCCUCUCCUCUCUCCACAGAGAUAGCUGAUAAUCAUGGGCAUCUACGAGUUCAUGUAUGUAGAAGAAGGUAGAUAGCACUUUACUCCAAGUGUCUUGCGCUGCCCUGAGCAGCAGUUUGAAAAGAUGCUGCUGGGUGGCUUCACGUGUCUCGGAGGAAGCACGUGUAUGUCUUCGCUCUCUCUGGAUGAUAGAGGAGAGCUGGCUGGUGGGCGUAAAUUGGCAGGUGGACUUGCCAGAACCUUGUCCUCGGCUGUCAUUGGUCACAGUGACUGUCACAGUGAACACAUCACAUUCUAAGACCGCCAAUCUCAACUCACGACCAAAGAAUCCUUUAAAAAAAGCUGUUAUUCAGAAAAGGAAAUAAUCUCUCCAACUCACAGAAAAAGAGGGCUUCUGUGUGAUUUCCAGCAUCUGAUACUAAUUAGCACUUGACUGAAAAGUUAUUACUGCGCCGUUCAGUCAGGAAAGAAAACUUUCAGCACAAGAAUAUAACCCAAGAAACGUGAAAAUGACGACCCUCUCACUCGCUGUAACAUCUCAGACUGACGACCAAAGCAGCUCGUUUUUCCACACAUUAGCGGCCAUUUUUAUCUCAUCCCUGGAGGAAAAGGAUGCAGCUGAUUUUCAGCUCCUUCAAAGCCAUAAUUUGACCCGUGAUCAUCACUGACAUCAUCAUGUGGUGGGCGGAGAAAUCCAUUUAAUUUGGCCAGUGUGCUUUGACAAAUCCAUGCCUUGUGUAUAUUUUAUGUAAUCUGUAAAGAAAAUAAAUUAUAUAAUACAUAGGAUUUUUAAAACAGGAAAUCUGUACUUCUUAAACCUUGGGUUAUGCCUAUGUUCCAGUGAUGAUAUUAAAAAUAUGACGUGUUCCGAAUGUGCAGACACAGCACACUUGCAGCUUAUUUGCCUGGUUAUUUAUGUACAAAUGCUUCAGUCAUAGAAUGAAAAACAAAACAACUUUUGCAUAUUUAUGACUACCUUACAUAAGUCAGAUGUGGUUUAUUUGCAUUAUCAAGCGUAUUAAAUAUUUCCAGUUAUUAUGAUCUGGUGUCGUUAUUUCAGGUUGCACUCGACAAGUUUUUGUUUUCUUAUUGAGGCAUUUUUUAGUGAAUGCGGUCAACUAUCAGCGUGUGCUUGGCACUAAAAGGGGUGCGUGAAGCGUCUAAAGAAGAGAGUCCCUACUCCCCAGUGACUCUAGGGAAAUGUUGAAGAAGAAUUUCCCCCCUUGUGUGGUUUUGCUUUCGUUUAUACGGAAAUCGUGCAAAUGACUACUCUUUUUUAAAUUUGUCAGAAUUCAUUCUUAAAAUGGAAAGCAUUUCGAUUAAAUGAAAGUGUCUGUGAAAUGUAGAACUGAUUGAAGAUUUUAUAUACAAACUAAGAAUAAUUAAUAAACUGUUAUUAUUUGCGACAUGA